GUGCACCACACCAACUUGCUAUGACUGGUGUAUGUCACUCAUUUCAUCGCUGCAAAGCGUCACCACCAGCACCAUGGUCAAGAAGCGCACGCUGUCACCGCUGCCGGCCUUCGACCAGAAGGCGCUGCCCGAGUUCCUGCAGACGCAUGGCUUCAAGGAGCUGCACGCGCUGACGAUCUGGCGCUACUUGGCGCAGCAUCCGGACGCCACGUUCGCCGAUAUCCCCGGAAUCCCCAAGACUCUCCGCGCACUACUGGGCGAGCAUUUCGCGCACUUCACGACGUCCGUGACGACAGAGCAGCGCUCAGCCGAUGGCACCGUGAAGCUUCUGCUAAAACUACAGGACGGACACGAGAUCGAGGCUGUCAUCAUGCGCCACACAGGCCGCAACACGCUCUGCGUCAGCUCCCAGGUGGGCUGUCAAAUGGGCUGCACAUUCUGCGCCACGGGCACACUCGGCAUCAUCGCCGACCUAUGCAGUGGAGAGAUCCUGGAGCAGCUCGCACACGCCAACCGUGUGGCACCUAUCCGUAACGUCGUAUUCAUGGGAAUGGGCGAGCCGCUCAACAACUACGACGCCGUGUUAGCCGCCAUCCGUGCCAUGACCAAAGUUUUCGGCCUUGCACCCAAGUACAUUACGCUAUCGACGGUUGGUGUGAUCCACCGCAUCCGCCAGUUAUCGCGCGAUGCGCCGCUCGUGCGCUUGGCGUUGUCGCUGCACGCCCCCACCCAGGAGAUGCGCAGUGAGAUCGUGCCCACGUCCACGGCGUAUCCGCUCGACAAGCUCAUGGCAGCUAUUGAUGACCACCUCGCGAUGAAGGAGGGACGUUUGGUGAUGGUGGAGUACUGCAUGCUGGCGGGUGUGAACGACUCGAUCGAGACUGCUCACAUCCUUGGCAAGCUGCUACAGAACCGAUCGGUGCACGUGAACCUCAUCCCGUACAACACGACGGACGUUGGCGCGCAAUUCCACUCGCCGUCGCCCGAGGACAUCCGUGCAUUCCAUGCCGUGCUGCGUGACCCGUACAACCUGAAGGCCACGAUCCGCGAGAACCACGGCACAGAUAUUGACGGCGCCUGUGGCCAAUUGGCGCUGAAGAACAAACCCGAUGGCAGCCGUGACAUUGAAGAUCUUGGUCCGCAGAGAACCAAGGCUCCGCGUAAGAACAAGAAGCCGUCCUCAGGCUCAGACAACGACAGUGUUGACACUUCUCCCGUAGCUAUAUCGACUGGAUCAUGGCUCGCCCGUGUCAAUGACUUCAUCGAUGAAUACCAGCAGGCUAUCGGCUUCACGUUGCUCGGAGCAUCGGUCGCUGUGCUUGCCAUCGGGAUUGCCCGUCGCGGACGGACGCACGUAAGUUAAUCAAGCAAGAGCAGCUCAAGUCUCCAUAGAAACUGAUGAUCCAGGUACGCGCAGGUAUUCUCGUAAAGAUCUCUACUGUAUUCGCCACCUGAUCCUGUCAAAAACUCGCUGCUUACAUAAUGUGUAGCAAUUUCUUGAUCUCUU